AUGUCUGCCAGUCAGGAUCCAGAACUCGCAAAGAAUGACCUGAAGAUCACCAACUCAGCUUCCUCCGGGGAGGCAGCACCUGUUCCCAUCGAAGGCGAAACACAUCACCUGCCUACAUACGAGCAUGAGAAGGCGCUGACAUGGAAGUUCGACCUCCGUAUACUACCCAUGCUAGCUGUCAUGUACUUGUUCAAUGCGCUCGACAAAGGUAACCUGGGAAAUGCGAAGACUGAUGGCAUGGAUAAGGACCUUGGGUUCACGGGCAACCAGUACAACACCAUGUUGUCGAUAUUCUAUGUGCCGUACGUGAUCUUCGCUCCACCUGUUGGAAUGUUGGGCAAGAAGUACGGGCCCCAUCGCGUUCUACCGAUCAUGAUGUUCUGCUUCGGCAGUGCAACACUUCUCGCAGCAUCAGCGCAGAACUGGAGUGGUAUGAUGGCUUUAAGAUGGUUCCUCGGUAUGGCAGAGAGCGCUUUCUUCCCAUUGGUCAUCUACUAUCUCACCACUUUCUACCGACGAGGCGAGCUUGCGCGCCGUCUGGCUCUGUUCUAUGCUGCGUCCAACAUCGCCAACGCGUUCUCCGGGCUAUUGGCGUUCGGUGUGUUCCAGAUAGAGUCAAAUCUGGAUAGCUGGAGAUAUCUGUUCAUCAUCGAGGGAAGCCUGACAGUCUGCUUCUCAUUCUUCGCGUUCUGGUACCUCCCGGCGUCGGCUUCUAAGGCCAACUUUCUCACUGAAGCUGAGAAGCAACUCGCUUUCCAGCGCAUCCAGAUCGAUUCUUCCUCCGUCGUGAACGAGGAGUUCAACCUCAAGCACGCUCUCGGUAUCUUCAAGAACCCAUCGACGUAUGGUUUCCUCAUUAUCGAGAUCUGCCUCGGCGUACCGCUUCAAUCUGUCUCGCUCUUCCUGCCCCAGAUCGUCGGGCGUCUGGGAUACGACAAGAUCAAGACCAACUUGUACACAGUUGCGCCCAACAUCGUCGGUGCAUGUGUGCUGCUCAUCCUGGCCUUUGCAUCUGAUCAUGUGCGCCUGAGGUUCCCGUUCAUCGCGCUCGGCUUUCUACUCACGUUCAUUGGCUUUGUUAUCUACGCAACCAUCGACGUCGCAUCUAGCAUCACCGUCGCCUACUUCGCAUGCUUCAUGAUGACAUGGGGAACAUCUGCUCCGUCCGUCCUGCUGUCAACCUGGUACAACAACAAUGUAGCAGACGAGAAUCAGCGCGUUACGCUCACGUCGAUUGGUGUGCCACUCGCAAACCUCAUGGGUGUUGUUAGCAGCAACAUCUUCAGAGAGCAGGAUAAGCCAAAAUACAUCCCGGCGCUGGCCACCACAGCGGCGUUUGGGGCUACGGGGUGUGUGUGUGCGUUGUUGUUGGGAUCAUAUAUGAUAUGGGAUAAUGCGCGGAGAAACAGGCUGCAAGGUGUGAAUCUGACUGCGAGGGACGUGAGUACACAGAAGUUGAAGGACGGGCCGAAGAGUCCAGACUUCAGAACUUGCUUGUGGAUGCCACAGUCAGAACUAAGUGACCCGGGCUUGUAUUCGUUCCAAACCUCAAGCUGCGACAUGAUCAGCCUCACGGGACCUGGCGGACUCCAGUCACACAUCACGGGGACAUCGCUUUCGGGCUGCCUGUUCCACGUACUCUCGACCUCUGCUCGACACCCUCACUCCUCUUUCAUCAGAGCUCAAGGCAGCUCACCCGCACGCGUCAUGGCGGUCAAAGGCAUGGUGCCCAUUCUCGUGGGCAUGAUGCUGUUGACAGGCUGCUGCAACACGCUCCUCACCAAAUAUCAAGACAUGCAAUGCGUGCGCAACUGCGACUCCCCAAACCCUAAAUACCGCGAGCACUUCGAACAGCCCGUGCUCCAGACGCUCCAGAUGUUUGUUGGCGAAAUGGGCUGCUGGCUCGUCAUCGGCUUGUUCUCGCUCUGGCAGCGUUACGUCGUUACACGCGCCGGUUACGAGACGAUCCCCGAGAACGAUGGUAUUGCGACGCCAGCGAGCGACGAGAGCGAGACUAGGGAUAUCGCGAACCCGCUUAAGCCUGCGCACCCAGACGAUGAGGGGAGAAUUCCACUCAAGGGCAAAAGCAUUUUCUUGCUUGCGCUGCCGGCGUGCUGCGACAUCGCAGGCACGACGCUGAUGAAUGUGGGACUGCUGUUUGUUGCAGCGAGUAUCUACCAGAUGACUAGGGGAGCUCUAGUGCUGUUUGUUGGUCUAUUCAGCGUCUGGUUCCUGAAGAGGCAUUUGGGGCUGUACAAGUGGUUCAGCUUGUUUGUCGUCGUAUUUGGUGUCGCGAUCGUCGGAUUGGCGGGUGUCGUUACCAAAGACGACAAGGCGACGCCGGGACACAAGUCUGCUCACUCUGAUAUGGCGGCUAUGGAUGUCGCACCGCCGAUGUCACAGGCUCUCCUGACGAUUAUCGGCGUGCUGCUUAUUGCCGGCGCACAGAUCUUCACGGCCACGCAAUUCGUCCUCGAGGAGCGGAUCAUGGAGAAGUAUGCCAUGGAACCUAUCAAGGUCGUGGGCUGGGAGGGCAUCUUCGGAUUCUCCGUUACCAUGAUCAUAAUGAUUGUUCUGCACUUCGCUGUGGGCACUGGAUACUUUAACGCAAAGGACGGCCUGUACCAGAUGACGCACUACAAGGGCAUCGCCAUCUCCUCCCUCAUGAUCAUGGUCAGCAUUGGUGGCUUCAACUUCUUCGGUCUGUCCGUGACACGCACAGUCUCUGCUACAUCGCGCUCCACCAUCGACACAUGCCGCACACUCUUCAUCUGGAUCGUCUCGCUCGGCCUCGGCUGGGAGACGUUCAAGUGGCUGCAGGUCUUGGGCUUUGCUUUCUUAGUAUACGGUACCUGCGUUUACAACGAUAUUGUGAGACCGCCGUUCAAGUCUUGGGUGAUGAAGAAGCCGGAGCCUCUGUUGCCCGAGGAUCCGAUCGAGCAUCACUGA